AUGGCCUCCAAUUCCGCAUUUACAUCCAGAAUCAAAGCAAUGGCAGUCACAUCGAUAUCCGCCCCAGCAACCAACCCCCCUUCACUUCCAUCCGCCUUAGAAACAACCUCCCCUUCACUUCUCCCCCAGCCAACAAACUCCCCUCUGCCCCCACAACCAGAAUAUCACCGUGACCGACCCGCCUCAACAACAACCUCCCUUGUACCCCCCCAGCCAAACUCCCUUCUACCCCCCCAGCCAAAAUUCCAUCGUGACCCACCCACACUGCUCAACCUCCCCGCCGAAAUCCGCACCCAGAUCUUCAGCCACGUGUUCCAAGACGUCAAGGUAUGCCGCACGCAAGACUGGCAAUGGGACAGCACCGAAUGCACCGCACACCCAUUCGGGCUCCUCCGCGCCUGUCGGCAGACAUAUCACGAGGCCAAGGAUUUCGCAUCCGCCGCGACCAUCACGCUGAUCUCAGAGCGAGGCCCGCACGAAUACUGGGACAACGGCGUCUCUCCACCGUGGGAGAAGAUCCCGCCACGAGUUCGACAGCAGAUCGAUGCGGUCGAGUUCCUCACGCACGACCCGGACGUCGUGACUCCGCUCAAGCGCUACCGACCAGACCUGUAUCCCAACCUGAGGACCAUCUGGCUCGUCAAGCUGUACGAAGACCUCCUGUACGAAGACCUGAUCUGCUCGUACGUAUAUGCGGGCCAGGAAGACGAAUUUCAGGUCGGCUUGAAAGAGGAAUAUCUCUACGAACUGCUCGAGGAAGAAGUGACUGAGACGGACUACGACGACAGUCUGCAUCAUAAGUUCAACAAUAUCAGUAUGGGCGGCAUGGUGGAGCCGCUGUUGCAGGACACCGACAUCACCGUGCGCUUGUGGUGCGGCUUGCAGGCCCGCAGUUUUUACGACACUGGUGAGAGAUUGAGGUCCAGCCAGUGUGAAUGGGCUGAUGGUAGCUGUCUCGUCAUCUGGAACAAACACGGCAUGAAAAUCACCAAUCUGAGAAAGGUCACGGCAGUAUAUAUUGAGGCUGAGGAGGAAUUCGAACCAGAACAGGAAAUUGAAGAAACUGUGGAACAAACUUGGGAAGGAUGGGAAGAAGAAAAAGAAGAAGAAACUAGAGGAGAAUUUGCACCAGAAAUUAGAGGAGAAAAGGAACCAGAAAAGGAUGUAAUAACUGGAGAAGUCUUAGAUCCCUCGGCUUGGUGA